AUCUCGAUACCACUCACCAACACAUCCCAAAGUUCAAAGCAAUAAUAAUGAAGCCUUCCUUGUUUUCCCUCUCGGUUCUCUUUGCCUUCAUAUCAUCUUUUGCAACAGCCCAGUUCGUCCUUGACAUUGAGGGCAAUUACCUUAUCAAUGGUGGCACAUACUAUAUCCUUCCACAUAUCUGGGCUUUAGGUGGUGGCCUGAAGCUAGCCAAGACCGGAAACGAAACUUACCCUCUGAGUGUUGUUCAAUCGCCCUUUGAAACCGACAAUGGCUUGCCUUGGAGAAUUACGUCCCCAUUAAGAAUUAAAUUCAUCCCAGCCAACACUAGUUUGGACUUCUCUACUUUGGGCAAAGUACCUAGGUUGUGGAAGUGGGCUGUUGUUGAAGAAGAAGACGGGAACAAGCCUGUGAAAAUUAUUAGGUACGAGAACACUCUGAAGGGUUGGUUCAAGAUUCAACAGUAUAAUAGUUGGGCUUAUAAGAUUGUGUUUUGUCCCACUAAUGGUGAUUCUUGUGGAGAUCUUGGGAUUUCCAGGGACGAUGAUGGAAAGAGGCUUUUGGUUAUCACUGAUGAUAACCCUUUGUUUGUCGUGUUUGUCAAAGCUGAAUCAUCUGAUAGCCAAAUAAGAGCCUCUAUUAUUUGAAGUGUAAUAGACUAUGAAUAAGCAAUGUGCAGGAAGCUUAAAUAAUUCCUCGCAGUUUGUGGUGAUUAAAUCAAAUUACGCUUCAAGCUGC